AUGUCUUUCCCAGCAAACCAUUAUCAGAUCCUUGGUGUAGACGUCCAAGCUGACGACGCUGCGAUUAAGAAAGCCUACAAGAAGCUUGCGCUGGAGAACCACCCCGACAAAACUUUGCACCUAUCAGCAGCACUAGUCGAGAGGCGGACAAAGAUAUUCAAGCUAGCGACUACAGCUUACGAGAUCCUACUCGACCCUAUACAGCGAGCGAAACACGACAAGACUCUAGCGCAGUCAGUGAGGCCUUCAUAUACGAAAGCAGAACAACCUUUCCACCGACCGGGUACAGGAGGUACGGGACCCUUUCAGCACCAGUAUCAGCAACCUCCAAACCCCCCAAAACCUCCCGAUCCUUUCCGGCCCCCAAAGUUCCAUCCUUUCGGUGCACCACCGCCAAAUACCUCAGCACCACAACCCCCAAGAAGACACCCCUUCACAUCUGGCACUCCCCCCGGACCUAUAGGCACCACACCAUCUCGCUGGUUCUAUGCGCCCGUCUCGGAAAAUCCCAUUCGCACGAACCUUUCCUUCUUAAACCACGCUGGUUGGCACUUCAGAAUUGAAGUGUCCAAAAAGUACAAAUGGAUACUCCGGCCUGUUUUGCCCCUCCUGAAUGCCGACACAGAAGGCGACAUCAUGGUAAGAAUAUCCGUACAACGUAACACCUACUCCGCCACUGUCAACGCUCUGAAAGAUGUCGUUAUAGACGUCAAAGCCACACCCGGGAACAAGAGUACGGCAUUGAGUUCCGUCUUCAAGGAAACCAGACAGGUCCGCCUGUUGGUAACCAUGUAA